AUAAUGGACCAUACAUGGCAUGGGAUUUAUUUUCUCCAAAGCUAUCGAAAACAAAUUCUUUGCAUUGCUGAGCAAAAAAAAUUGUGCUUCAUAUUCAUAGAAUAGGGAAAUCACGAAUACGAUACUUUAAGCUCUUAUUUCUUGUCUUCAGGGAAUGGCGCUCGAUGGGACUGCCCCUCUCGAUAAUUUCACAGCGCUGCUGGUGGUCGAGGAAUUUGAUGUUUUGUGGCGUCGUCAAGAGCAUUUGCAUUUCACAGCGACUGGCCUCCGGGCAGAGAUUUGCCUGUGAGAAUCAGGGGGCAGAGAUGGUGCCGACGAAUUCGAAUCUCCUCUCGGCGAUGGCGAGUUUUGCCCAAACCUUGCGAAGGGUGGAGAUGGAUCGUCAUCUUUUUCUUGUCGUCCGGCAAAUUAAGCUCGAUUUGCUCGAAGAAUUCGCCGUUGGAGCUUUCGAGCUUUUGUCGCCGUGAAGAAAGGAAAGCGAUGCGGUGGAGAAACGAGUCGGCGAUCGCCUAAUUUCACACGAGACGUUUAUUGAAGGAGGGAGGGAGCGAUGGAGUAAUCAAUUCGCUACCGGAGAAUGAGAAGAAAAGUCUACGGCCCGUGGAAAGCGAAGCGAUCGAUCAAAACACUGCUCAAUGUGCUCUCGUUUGUGCGCGAGAAAGCAAGAGAGAGAGAGAGAGAGAGAGUGAGAGGAGGAGGAAUGAUUCACAUCGGGUGCAGAGGACCGACCGACCAGGCCUUCCUCCGUUCACAGGUCUCAUGCGGUCUUGGCCCGUCGAUGCAUCACGUCGCCCCGUCAGCGUGCCAUCGCCAUCUCCAUCUCCAUCGACGCCGCCGGACCGAGUCGCAGAAUCCGUGCCAGUGGGUGGAGGGCAAAAUCCACCCGAACGGGGCCACAAUUCUCCGCCCUCGCUGGCAAUCUCGGGCCAAGAUCCGCACAGAUUCAUCGGUGACGGAGAACCGCCAUGUCGGCCUCCCUCCGAGCGGGCGGUCGGGCACUCAUGAUCAGCCCGAGGUCAUAAACACCUUCCGUCUGAUAUUUCCUGCCUCCUUCGGGCCUCGGUCUACAUUCAGCCAUAGCUCGCAAUACCCUCCCACGAGUGCUGACGCAUCUGCCGAAUAUGCAACCAUUUGAACGAGAUCGUUAGGGCAUGAUCUGCAGCAGAUUUCAGAGCACAUUCUUUUCCCUCUUUAAUGAAUUCCCGUCCAUGCGCUCUUGGAAAUAUUCUGCGAGCUCUGCGAGACUACUGUGCACGUUUGGGGGAAUUUCCGAGCGCCUGAGCAGAAGUGCAGAUCACACUUCGAUCACUGUUCUCCGUGCGGGGAAGGAAGGAAUUGGGCUCAAGUUUUGCAUUUGCUGGUGUCGAGUCUUAUCCAUCAGAAAAUGGGGGGAGAAUAAAGAAUUGAAGGGCAUAGCUUUCUUUCAAGUGGCAGACGAGGCCGUGAGCUCGUGAGCCAAAGAGGAGGGAGGGGAGAAGCAAACAAGGCGAGGAUCGCAUCAUCGUUCUUGGUAGGAAAGUCAACAGUCUAGUGCAGGGCCAGUGCAGCGGCAUGAUGUUGCAAUCCACAACAACAAAAGUUGUUCCCUUGUCGUCAAGUUCCCAGACUUCCCACCUCAACUCCGGUCAUCGCCAUAAAGUGAAUCCUUUGAUUUUCCCUUUCUCUUCCACUUGCUCACGAAGUCCUUCCACUUGGGCUGGAGGUAUGGAUGCAGGCAUGGAGGACGGGCGUCGAAGAGGAGGAGGAGGAGGAGGAGGACGGGUACCCCCUCCCUCCCCCUCCCCCCACCACCUUUUCCACUCCGAUGGCGAUCGGCCGUCCAUGGUACAUUCUGUCGUCCAUGGGUUCUAUCCAGCUCUCGAGUGUUUUAAAAUCUUAAUUUGAUGCUCCAUUGUUCCUUUUCGAGCUUGCAAGUCUUCCAGGCCUGACCCACCAGCAGGGCCGCUUUUGCCACAGUGGCCCAGAAGUUUCUCUCCCAAACCAUGAGAAUAUUUCGGUCUCGAGCCUGUGCAUCGGGCCUUCUUCUCUCGACCCCACUGGAAUGAAUGUUCACUUCCAUUCCCAGUUCCAGAGCUGUCUGUGCAUGCAGAAGUGGCAGAGCCAGGGCCCCCUGAGCUUUACAUGUGGACAGCCAAAGUCUGUGGAUCCCGCUUUAGGAAACUACGGGACCGAGGAAGAGUGAGGGCGUAGGACUCCCCCAUGGCUGCCCUCCGUCGUCCCGGAUGAGCUUGGAUGGGAUUGGGAUGGUAUUGGGGAAGGAUUUCGUUCGAUGAUUCGGCCAGAAAGGUGGGCUGUUCACUCGAAACGAGGAAAUUUCUCUGUGCUGAUCGAGAAAAUACCUUCCUUUGCCCAACAGCUUGCCCCGAGCUCACAUCCCAAUCAGCUCCGAAGCUUACAAGUCUGGUCGGCUGGCACAACAGUCCCGCAACUGGUCGGUCGGCAUAACCCGACCAUUGCUCCACUUCUCCAGCAAGCGAAGAAAUCCUGUACAAUGCAAGGCAAGGGACAUGCACAUCUCCGUCUCGAGGUCCGAAUGGUUCGCUUGCUGCAUACCGUGGACAGUACAGUACAAGUGCCUCGACCAGCUUGGCGGCGAGCUAAAUAUCUCGGAGGAGGGUUGGGUUGCAGCUUUUCUUCUACCCUCGCCCUCUCGUCUUUACAGAUGACAGCGGUGGAAAGGAGACCCAGGACAUCUGUGACCUCCUCGUCCGGGUCAUCUGCUCUUCACACUCAGCGAGCUCAGAGCGAUCGUAGAGCGGCAUUCCAAGCGAAAAGGUGUUGAAGUCGUUUACAGCCGUGACCGGAAAGGAAAAACUGGGAAGAAGAGUGGAGUGCCUCUUCACGUCAACGGAGACCUACACGAGCUUGUGGUAACUCAGUCAAUGGGGCAAGGGCCAAGUCAAAGAUACGAGACAAGUCGACAGACUGUGCAACUGGGGCUUUGGGUCCCACUCUCGGGUUAAAAUCUGGGCCUCUUGGCCACUUGUGGUAGUUUUCUUUUCUCGUUAUAACAAUAUAGAAUUCAGGACCGCUCUUGCAAGUAUCGGAUUGCAGGCCAGGCCGACUCAUGGUCUCAACAAGAUAGAAACGGAGGUGCAGAAAACUUUAUAAGCACAGAGCAACGUUUGAGGAAGACUGCAUGAUUGAGACGGCUGGUUCAUGUUUCAGUCAGUCAAGGUUAGAACAGUGGGUGAAGCCUUGCGUGGAUGUUCCACCAUGCAGGGGCAGUCCCACCGAUUGAACGGAUUGUAGAGCAAAAGUUCGCUUGUUGUAGAGUGAGGGACAGGUGAAUGGAAUCACCCACAUUUUCCAAUGGGCAAGUGAUUUUAUUG